AUGCUGCUGCUUGUCCUCGUCUUGAACCUUGGCUUGCUUGCGCUUGCAGCAUCGCCGGCGCCGACCAUUGCAUCGAGCGCCAAGCUCCGCGCCGCUGACCCAACCACGCCGACGCUGGCCAUGCAAGCACCGGCCAAAGAGCCCGAGUCGGCGCUCGACCACCUCGAGAAGCAGCUGCGGCUUAUCGAAGACCUCGAAGAGUCCCUUCUGAACGGCCUCAACCACAUUGACGCAGAGCUCUCGCAGAACCAGCGGCCGCGACGGGGCAUGGCCCAAGCACCCAUUCGCUCCGACAUUCAGGGCCUGCGCAACAACUUGCAGCUGCUUGCGCGCAACCUCAACAUGACGUUUUCAGAGCUCGACACGGUCGAGAAGGACACGGAGGAGAAGGCCAAGCAGCUCAGCGAGGUCCUCCGGCAACAGCACGCCGACGAGCAAGCCCACGAGAUCGAGGCCCAAGGCGCAGAGGCCAUCGACUACGAAUCGGGUCGGCUCAAGAACCUCACGCACUCGGAGCUCUCGGCCAAGGAGCGCCAGCACCUCGAAAAGGUCAAGCACGACGCCGACCCCGCGGUCCUCCACUACGAUUUCAGUCUGCUCGGGCAAAUUGCGCUGCUCUUUGGCGUCUCGGCGCUCGGCGGUAUCGUCACGUCGUGGAUCAACCUCCCGCCAACGAUUGGGUACCUCGUGGGCGGCGCCGUCGUCGGCCCGUCCGGUCUCGGGCUCGUGCACCACUUCAAGGAGGUCGAGACGAUCUCGCUUUUUGGCACAAUCUUUCUCCUCUUUGCCCACGGCGCCGAGUACUCGGUGCAGCGCGCCGACGAGGUGCUCAAGCAAUAUGUGGUCGCGGGUGCGCUCUACGUGGCGUCCACCAUGGUGUGCAUGGCGCUGGUCGGUACGAGUCUGGGCUGGGCGCCGUCUCUCUCGGAAGGCCUCGUUCUCGGCGCGGGCGUCUGCUUUACAUCGACCGCGCCGCUCGCCGAGUAUGUUCGCACGCAGAACCUCCGCCACACGGUGUUUGGUCGGCUCGUCACGGCCAUCGUGGCCGUCCAAGACGUGCUCAUGAGUUUUGCGCUCGCGACACCCGAGUGGUUUACGCACCACAACUCGGCCGGCCUCGUCAGCAUCGCGGUGCUCAAGACACUCUUUGCCUACGGCAUCGUCGUCGGCCUCACGAUCGUCUUGCAUGUGCGCGUCGUGCCGCCGCUGCUCGAGUUUCUCGUGUCGAUGGAGCAUGUCCACCGCUCGCCACUCGUGUUGCUGGGAAUCGUCUCGGUCUGUCUCUUUAUGGCACUCUUCACCGAGACGCUAGGGCUGUCGCUCGAGAGUGGCGCGUUCUUCGCCGGCCUUGCGUUCAUGGGCCAAACGAAUUUAAAAGUGACCCUCACGUCGAUCCGCGUGCUCGAUAACCUCUUUGGGAGCAUGUUUUUUGCCUGCAUUGGCAUGAUUCUCAACCCAGUCUACCUCGUCCGCAACUGCCUCCCCGUGCUCUCGAUGAUGCUGUGCAUUGUCGUCAUCAAGAUCACGCUCGUGGUCGGGCUCAUGACGUUUUUCCACAUCCCGCCCUUGCGUGCGCUGAAAGCGGCGCUGAGCCUCUGCCAGGUGGGCGAGGUCGCGCUCAUUUUCAUGAUCAAGGCGCAGGCGACGCAGCUCCUUUCGCGGCCUGUGUACCUACAGUUCCUCGCAGCCACGUCGCUCUUCCUCGGGCUCUCGCCUUUUCUGCACAAGAGUCUGCAAGGCCAGAGCACCUUCCACUUUGCGUCGGUCGUGAGCCGCAGCAAGUCUCCGAGUCCUGCCGACGACGAUGACGCCAUGCUGCCGCGUUCCCACGCCACCAAGUUUACUUGAAGACUUCUAGUAGAAAAAUGCAUUGCACUCCGAACAGAGCCACGCACCCUGCGUUUGGACAAAGGCUCCCCUAACCCCUUUGGCCUCG